GCAGCAACAGCCGAUGAUACACGCGGCAUCCUAUUCCAAUUCUGAACUUCAUCUUGGCGCGUAAUACAAGGAAACGUGCGUCUGUAUCACAGACAUAGAUAUAUAUUUCUAUGGUAUUGACAUACCUUGGGGGAAAAUACACGCGGAAAUACGAUUCGAUGGCUUAAUAGCAACACAACGAUAAAAGAAGAGAUUGGAUAUUGUUUUUAAGUCAAUGUCGUCAAAGGUGCCUUUCUUUCGUUGCAUUCGAUCGUCGUGUUUUUCAAUCUGGUUCAAUUAGUUUCUCGACACAGAACUGUUAUUAUCGUCGACCAAUCAUAAUCAAGACAAGUGAGAUCCAGCCUAUAUGCCUUUUUUACACACACUUGGAAAAUACUAUAUCGAUGUCCAUAUACUAAAAUCUCUUCAUCGACAAAUUAAGCUUAAUUCUUAAUAUCUGAACGACUUAAUUAGGAAGUUGUGCUUUCAUCGUAUAACGCACCAUUGAAUAGGAAGACAUAGGGAUAAACAAACAAGACAUCGAGAGCUUGAAAGUGAUAGCAUAGCUUGCAUUCUCAGCCGGAUAUUAAAGUCUACCAUUUUCAUGUCUGCUGAGGUGAGCGGAAAGGAGAAGAUGACCUUGAAAGGGGUCUUCCAGAAGUAUGCUGCCUUUGGGCGUCCUGGACAGAGUAAAGAUAUCACCAGUAAGAACUUCUCCAAGAUGAUGAAAGAAUGUGACAUCAUGGAUAAGAAGGUUAACCAGACAGAGAUCGAUAUCAUAUUUACAAGAGCUAAGGCCAGUCCUGGAUUGAAAGUGCUGACAUACGACAAGUUUCUGACGAGUCUGAAAAUGAUCGCCAAGUCCAAGUACGGAUCGGACGAUGAAGAACACUUUGAAAAGAUCAAAAACCAAAUCAGAUUGUCAUCAGGACCAAGUACAGCCGGAACAACGAGUACAUCAACAACCGGGAAAGUUGAACAUUUCACUGACGUCUCAAAGUACACCGGACUUCAUCGGGAACGCUUUGAGAAAGACGGUACCGGGAAAGGGAAAGCAGGUCGGGAAUAUUUGGUCGACAACUCGGGUUACGUCACAGGCUACAAAGGGAAAAACACGUUUGACGAGAAAGAGUAAUGUUUUCCAAGUCCCGCUCCCCUAACAUACAUAGUAUAUUUGUAAGAAUUCACCUUGUUUUCUGCUUUCGAACCGACGGGCAGCUUUAAAAGAGUUAAUCUGUUUAAUUUGAUCAUAGACGCGGUUCGACUGAGAUUUGGAAAGUUUGAAACAACAGGUUGCAUGAUCUAUAAGGUCGAGGGCCAUGUGAUGUGAUUCCCGCUGCCGCGAUGAUCAAUUCGAUCAAUCCCGAUCAACCCUGAUCAUUCACGAUCAAGAUUAUCUUCGGCCUGAUCGGUUUUGCUCGACAAGGCCACCUAGUCUCCUACCGACAAGGUGAUCGGGAACAAUCGACCAUGAUCGGUAUCAGUCGACCUUGAUCAACAUCGCUCGUUCACCCGAAGAUUUAGAACGUGUCCAAUGCACUUGAAUAGGGAGCCGAGCUUUGCGUCGAUCAAAGAUAGAUUGACAUAGAUCAGGGUCAGAGCUAGACCGAUCUUGCCCGAAAUAUUUUCGACAGGCUAGCUUGAUCGAGUUUGAACCUUGCAAUUCUGAAAAUGGCAUCGCUCUCUAAGCCUCUCUCCAAAAUCGUUUUAAUUCCAUCCCAGGCAAUUCAUGGAUAUAGAAACACACCCCUACUUUGUUUCAUUACAUCAGUGUGAAAACUAAAAGAAAGAUUGCAAUUUGAUGUACGAGAUUGUAUAGACUAUGCAUAUGUUCAUCUUCUAGAUUCAUGAUAACAUAUAGGGAAUAAUAUAUAUUUUUAUCUGAGGCUUAUAUAUUUUAGAUCUACAUCCGAAGAGAUUGAACUGUUUUAUAAAUGUAAUGACAUAAGGUUCUAGAAAGUGUACAGUAUUAUUGGGUGCUAUUUCAUCGACACAAAUACAUCAAAUCUGUCUUUCAAAUGUGAUGCAUUUCUCUUGACACUGCAGUAAGUUUUAGAUGAUUGCUCGAUGAUUGUUGAAAUAACCAAAAUUAAUUAAAUGUAUAUGAGAAAAAAAAUCAUGAUGACAGGUAAAUUUUAUCAUAGUGCCCCGAGGUUUAUGUUCUCCACAUAUUAAUGUUAUGCAAAUUAAUUUCCCCUUUUGUUCUUAAACGUAAUUUUUUGUUUGAAACAUAUUCCUAACAAAAUAUACCGUCAUAUUUGACUAGAACUCUGAAAUAAAUGAUUUUUUUUCUUUGUUUUUAUACAUCUUAAUGAUCACAAAAAUCGUGUCUUAGGUUACCUCAUAUUCAGUAAAAAAGGAAACUACAAAUGGGUAUUUUCAUAUAACUUUUAUAUAACAUAUACAUAUCAAUUAUUUCUACUGAAUAUAUAUUUUUAUAUUAGAACUCCUAUUCUACAGAAAAAGCAUCAAAUUUGACGAUCUGCAACCAAGGAACUGCGAUUUGUAUUGUUGUUUGAAUUUUGAUUUUCUUUGAUGAAGAUAUAAAUACUAUUAUUCCAACAACAAGUUUGUAUAAGAACGGGGUGAAUUUAAUCAUGUACAUGUAAUCAUGUAAAAUGAGAAAGUGAUUGCAUUUUUAUUUUUUGCUUAGUUACACAAAAUAUUUGGAAGCCACCAUAUCACACACUCCAAAUUCAAUUCGUAUUUCAUUGUAUGAAUUAAAAUAAUAGUAAUAAUGAUAAUAUGAACAUAAUUUAUUAAUCUGUCAAUACUCAAUAUAGAAGCUCUUCUCUGAAUGACAUUAAAUUAUAAUAAUAUGAAUGUUACAUUUUCAAGAGGGAGCCCGAACCAUAUUUCACAUUAUUGAAGUCAAAUUGUAAUUUAUGAAAUUUCAUACGCAAAAAAUACAAAACGAAUGGCGAGUGCGUGACAUCGUCAGCUCCAUAAUUUUGUUUCAAUGCAUAUCAUAUCUCAAAAGAUCCAAAACUAAAGUUUUCUCAUGUCUGAUAAGAUUUCAGUAUACAGUAGUGUAUAGUAUUUCUGUUUGUUUUUUUUAAACAAGGGCAGCACCAGGGUUUUUCGAUGGGGGAGUGGCAAAUGACCUAAAGCUGACCUGUUUUUCUCAAUAGGAGGUAUUAUAAUUAUAGUUUUAAAAAAAGCCCCCAAAACAUCUAAUCCUCUUUUUCUUUUUCCGCUUCUUCUGUUAUUCCUCCUAUUUCUCUUAUUUCUUUUAUCUACUUUCCACUACUUUGAAAAAUCACAGGGGCGCCCCCCGCCCUCUUUGGCUCCGCCCCUGAUUCAAAAUAACCUGUUGCUUGCAGGGUGAACCAACCCCUGAGCCUGCAAUGAACAAGAAAAUGUGCAUGUUUGUUUAUAGAAGAAUAUAGGCCUCAUAACAUGUCUAUCAUACCUUUAGAAUCUCAUAAUAAUGCAACUUUGUCUGCAAUUGUAGGCCCUAUAUCAUAUUAUAUAUAUUAAUAGAUACCAGUAAUUUGUCAGAAGAGGUAUACUUGACAAUUUUGUUUGAGUUGCUAAGUAGGUAGUUUUGUAAGGAGAGUAUUAUAAUAGACCUUGCCAUGUAUAUAUAUAUAUAUAUGAAAUAAAUGCAUGUAACCUUUCUACGUUGAACUGUAA